AUGGAGCUGUACUCCACAGUCCUUUGGCACAUGAACAAGCAAACCGAGCUAUCUCAUGACCAUGAGCAGGCGUUGAAGUGCUUCAAGCGAGCGACGCAGCUGGAUCCGAAAUUGGCCUACGCCUAUACACUUCAAGGCCACGAGCUAGUGGCAAGCGAAGACUACGACAAAGCCCUCCAGGCUUACCGCCGGGCACUGUCGGUGGAUAAGCGUCACUACAAUGCGCAUUACGGGAUUGGCAAGGUGUACGAGAGACUAGGGAAUUUGGACAGAGCCUGUGUCCAAUAUCAUACGGCCGCGAGCAUCAACCCGACGAACGCGGUUCUUUGCUGUUGCAUCGGAUCUGUACUGGAAAAGCAGAACCGGCUAUCACGGUCUCUGCAGUACUACAGCAAGGCCAUCGAACUGUCUCCCAAAUCGGUCCAGCCAAGGCUAAGGAAGGCGAGAGUGCUUCUCGCCCGGGGCGAUUACGUGCCAGCCCAGGAGGAGCUCUUGAUCUUGAGAGACCUGGCCCCCGAUGAGGCCAUGGUGCACUUCCUCCUCGGGAACCUCUACAAGCUCACUGAUGAGAGAAGGCUGGCUAUCCGCCAUUUUACGUUUGCGCUCGGACUGGAUCCUAAGGCAUCAUUGCAGAUAAAGGAGGCAAUCGAGAGCCUCGAGGAUGGGGAUGGAAAGGACCUCUCAGUUCGCGGCAAGGGCGGAAAGGGUCUUGGCAAGGGUGGUGCCAAGCGUCACCGAAAGAUUCUUCGUGACAACAUUCAGGGUAUCACUAAGCCCGCCAUCCGCCGUCUCGCUCGUCGUGGUGGUGUCAAGCGUAUUUCUGCCAUGAUCUACGACGAGACCCGUGGUGUUCUCAAGUCCUUCCUCGAGGGUGUCAUCCGUGACGCCGUCACCUACACCGAGCACGCCAAGCGCAAGACCGUCACCUCGCUCGACGUCGUCUACGCUCUCAAGCGCCAGGGCCGUACCCUCUACGGUUUCGGUGGUUAA